AUGUCUUGGAUUAGAGGGAAAGUUGUGCUUAUUUUAGGCUUUGUCUUUCUGACCAUUUGCCUGACUGCGGUGAGAGGGCUGCCCGUGAGGAAGCAGCGCAAGAGUAGCCUCAUGGAGCACAGCUCCAGGCUGGCAGAGGUAUCUGCCUCGUCUGAUCCCCGUUUGGCCAGGGACAAGGAGCAGCCCACAUUGGGCAAGGCAUGGGGCUUGAGGCAGAGCGGGCAGGCUGGCCUACAGCAGCACAGGCGCCGCUGGGCUGUUCAGCAGGCUGUGAGGAGUGUGGCGGUGCCCCAGCCCAGCGGUGCUGGCCAGGAGGAGAACCUGCCCUUUGUAUUGGACCUGCAGAGCUUACCGGGGCUGGCCAACGUCGAUCUGAGUGCCCAGAACCCAAAUAUCCAGGUGACCAUUGAAGUGGUAGAUGAUCCUCAGGCUGAGAUGGAGAUGGACUUGUUGAAGGAGACGAGCAAUGACUGGUCCCUGACAUCCUCUGAGUGGUUAUCCCACAAAGACCUCUUCUGGCCCCUCUUCUGGGAGUACACUGAUCCCAUUGAGGAAGAAGAGGAUGAAAACCUAGAUGUAAGGGACAGCGAAGAGGAAGAGGAUGAAGAGGAGGAAGAAGAAGAAGAUUACAUGGCAGAGUAUGAGGAGGAAGAGUCCAUGUUAAGUGGAGUGGGAGAUGACUGGGACCAGCAGUGGCCCAGGCAGAAGAACUGGAUCUUUAAGGAAAAAUAUAAUUAUGACUAUGAAGAUGAAGAGGAAUGGAGCCCUUGGUCCCCUUGCAGCCUCACCUGUGGCAGUGGCAAUCAGAAAAGGACCCGGUCUUGUGGCUACGCCUGCACAGCGACAGAGUCGAGGACGUGUGACCUGCCACGCUGCCCUGGAGCAGAGGGAGAAGUGGCCUUCCCCACAGAGGAGACUCAUUUUAAAAGUGACAAUACAACAGAGCUGUUUAACUCAGAUGUGGACAGCUGUGAGAAGUGGCUGAACUGCAAAAGCGACUUCCUCACCAAGUACCUGAGCAAGGUGCUGACAGAUUUGCCCAGUUGCCCCUGCUCCUACCCACUGGAGGCCAUUUACAGUGCUGUGAACCUGCAGGAUGAGCGCCAGGGCAAGAGUUUCCGUUGGCGGGAUGCCAGUGGGCCCAAGGAGCGCCUGGACAUCUACAAGCCCACAGCCCGCUUCUGCCUGCGCUCCAUGCUCUCCUUGGACAGCACCACACUUGCUGCCCAGCACUGCUGCUACGAUGAUCACACCCGUCUCAUCACCCGGGGCAAAGGGGCUGGUGUCCCCAACCUCAUUAGCACUGAGUUUUCCCCAGAGCUUCACUACAAAGUGGACAUGCUACCUUGGAUCCUCUGCAAGGGAGACUGGAGCCGGUACCAUGCUGUGCGGCCUCCCAACAAUGGGCAGCAGUGUGCUGACAAUCCUGCUGAGGAGGAGUACCUCUCCCAGUUGCAGGAGGCCAAGGAGUACUAGCCACUUGCCAUGCUCAGGGGAGCCACAAAGCAGCAGGUCUCCCAUGCACCCUCAGGUGAGCCCCCAGCAGCUGGUGGCUCCUACCACAGCCCAGGCUGUAAUAGCUGUCAUCCCUUGUGUAUCCCUUUCCUGGGAAUGCAGCAGUCUGGCAAAGCUCCAGGUCCUGCUCACAGGCUCGUUGCUGGUGCCAGGCAGAGGAUUUACCAUCCAUUUUGUCCUUUCAGAAGGGUGCAUCAGUUCCUUUCUGAUUUUCAAAGGUGAAGGAGUUUAUUACUGGGUGAUCCCUGCUGUGCUAUCCGGGAGGCAGAUCUCACACCAUUGCUUCCCUCUGGGUAGCACAGAGCCCAGCCAGAUCUCUAGCCUGGAGAGGGGGGAGCUGGAGGGAAUGGGAGGCAGUGAUGAGUGUAAAGUGGAAGCUGGGUUACCCCCAUUUACUUCUUCUAAAGCAUUCUCUAUGAUUUUUUCAAUGCCACCUGUAAGCUAAGGGUCUGCAGUGUGAAACGGCUUCAGUUCAUGUUGGUUUCACACUACAUCUGAGGAGCUGGCUGGGUGCAAGAAGGAUCUGCUUGGUCAUGCCUGUAUACCAGCCUUGGCAUGUACUGACUCUAUUCUAAAACUUGGAGUGGACCCUCCUAGGAGAUGCAGGGCUGUUCCCCAGCAAUAUGUAGAGCGUGGGCCUCCCCUCUUCUCUGCUUUUUGCAUUCACAAUUGGGAAGGAAAAGGGAGAGGUCUAAGAGGGUUUCAUGAGCUCCUGAAGGUGCAUAGGACCAGGUGCAAGAUGACCUUCCACAGCAGUUUUGGCUAUGAAACAAAAAAACAAUACCACAGUGUUUUGGUUAAAGGGAGCAGAUGAACUACAUCCCCUGUUGCUGCUUGGAGGUUACCCUAUCAAGGCUGCCUCCCUCUCCAGCACAGUUCAUGCCCUGGUGCUUCUCUUUGAGUCUGAGAUGCCCACCUGGCCACUCAAUGAAUGUUAGUCUUACAACACAGUAGCUCACUUGGAGAUUGUGUUUUCCUUAACUGGGGCAGCUCAGGGCUCAGGUCCUAGAGUUUCCACUCAUCUUUACAAAUCAGCCCCAAGCAGGACUCUCACCAGCCUGCCCAUGGCUGGGACACACUCCAGGCUACUACAGCUCAUCCUGCAUUCUCAUGGGUGAUUCUGGGGAGCAGAGAUUUGACCUCAAACUCAUUCCUUUUAGUCAACUGCCACAUACCUGCAAAAGCAUGUGGCAGCAGAGACAGCUACGGGCUACUGUAAUGCCCAUAUUAGCUGUCUUCUACUCUCAUUAGACCUCAGGGACCAGUUCCCCAUAGUGAUGGGAACAAACCACUCACUACUGUGAGCACGAAAUGUUACUGCAUUUCCAGUCUACUGUUCAGCACUCUGGCCUUUCUCUGUGAUGAAUUUGCCCAGAUCUCUAAUAAGAGGCAGCCCCCAAAAAGCAAGCUGUAGUCACACCAUGUCAUGCUUAAGCCUUCCUGCUUGGCUGAGGUGUGCCUGUCUCACUUGGGCUGCUUCUGCCUAGCAUCUACUGUCAGUCUCUGUAUACAGGACAAUUUUCUCAAUGAAAUGCCAGGUGCAGGAGCAAGGAAAGGAAUGAAGUUGUUUAUUUCCUCCCCUACCCUGAGCAAUAAGAAAGCUUUCUGGAUAGCCUCAAUUUUCCCCAUUCUUCCAUCUUAUCCCAUUGUAGUGGAUCAUUCUUCACCUGUGUAUAUUCUUCUUCCCAAGGUGGUUGUGUCCUGUGCAGCUGGAAUAGCCCUAGAGCAGUUACCAGCUCUGCACACAGAACCGUGCCAUUUCCUUUGCUCACCUGUGAUGGAAAGGUGAAGAGUAGAACGUAGAAGAGCUAGUGUCACAGGAGAGUCAAAAGUGGCUCCAAAUGAGGAAGACGUGCGUACACUAACAAAGAUGUCAUUAAUUCUUGGAGUCUGCAAGUCACAAAUAUGACACUUUAUUGCCACUUUGGUCUUACCUGGGGUUUCCAGCUUUUCGCAGGUCCUUGGCAGUUUUCUUCCAGUACAUUUGGGAAAUGAGCUUCAAAGCUCCCAAACUUCCCACAGAGAAACAAGGCUGAACAUCUUAAUCUUUGGACAUCAUUGUGUAGCUAAACCUGGCAAAAACUGUUCACAGAUUCCAUUUAGCAAACUUUAUGCAGCAGAAAAAAAUAAAAGAGGAAAUCAAGCAAAAAUAAAGAAGGCUGGAAUCAGUUCUAGAUUAAAGACUUUAACCAAGGUAGUUGGUUACUCCAUAUUUUUCUGCAGAAUUCUGUUAAAUGCAAUGGCAUCUAUCUAGGUUCAGAAGAUUGAUUAGUCUGUGAAAUUUCUAUCCUCAUUUGAACAACUUUCUCCUGGAUCAGGAAAUAUCCAAGCUACAGGGAGUCUUUCUGGGACUAUCUUGUAUCUGUUGAUCCUUUUGCCUUUGUUAUUUACAGAAUAUUGCAUCCUCGGUCAUCAGUGCAUAGGACUCCAUUGCUGGUAAAACAAAAGCAUUUAUGAAAUUGUCACUAAACUGUUCUCUUUUAGCUAGUACACAACUCAGCCGCAGACACAAGUUACGGGUGCUAUCAGAAUAUAAGUAGGCACAGUGCUUUUCCCCAAAGCAUGCAGUUUUAGAUGACAAGUAUCAUGCAAAGAAUGAGAAGAUAUAACCAAAUAAGCAUGGAUGGAGACCUAGAUUCUAGUAAAUAUCAGUGACCAUUACAUGCUCCCUAGCCCAAGUGGUCAUUUUUUGACUAGUUUCCUGUAAAGAGGGAGUUUACAAGGAGGUGGUAAUGAGGGGAUGGCAGUGAUUGAGCAGCUUGGUUCUGGGAGCUUAUCACAUGCAUGUGCAAGGGGGCUCACUGAGGAAGCCAUGGAGACAUUUGUACAGGAAGCUGACAGAUAUUGAGUGGCUGAGGCUAUGGAAGGCUGAGCUUGUUAUCGUUUGUCAUCCAGUAGAGCAUCCUCAUAUUUCUUCUCCCAUUUCAAAUGCUAUCACUAACAACAGAGGACUCUCAGACAAGUUUGUCUUGAAUCAAUACCUAGACUUCUUUAAAAUAACCUCCCAUUAAACAUGGGUCCAAUAUUGGACCUACACAUGGAAGCAGGAUCUCUGCAAAUAAAGUCUUUCUGGAAAGACUUUCAGUAGGUCAACCAAUCUCUUUACACUGGCUGGUCUCAGAGGAAGUCCUCUUAUAAUAAGGACAGUUACACAGGAAUUGCACCCUCUCCCUGUUUAUACUGAAUAUGUCAAUCAACGUACUCCCUAAAAAUGAAACAAUAAUUUUUGUAACAAAUGCUAUUCCUGUCUAAGAGUAGGUAGAAAACUUUCUUACAGUGAGCCCCCAUUAAAACCUGGUUGAAAGCCAAGUGGUUAUUCUGCCUCGUUGUCUCUGUGGUUUGGAAGACACAGGCAUAAACUGAAGCAUGAGAAACAAGAAGCAGUGUUGUUCCUCACACAAGCACCUUACACACUAGGAGGCUUUGCAGAGCACCAUAAAAAACGUAGAGACGAAGCGAGCAUUUAUUUUUGUAUCCCAUCAAAGAUUCUGUCCAGUUCACUGCUAUUUAAGUGAUGAAUCUCUUAGUUUCCACUCCUUAAGUUUAUUAUUUUAUAUGUUUAAUAUAUAUAAAAUGUAUUUUAUUCCUACAAAAAUUCAUAGAGAAGAAUUCUUUAUCUGACUCUCCAAUAAAGCACUUUAAUAUGUAUGUGCUGCCGUUGUCAUUUAGUUGGGAACUGAAAUGAAUGUUGCCAGAAAGUUUUGAUUUGUUUGAGAGGGAUGACACCAUGUUUAAUGCUGCAUACUUUGGCACUCUAGCCACAGCUGUAUUGCAAGAACCCUGAUGGAUUUGCUUCCUUCUCCUACCGUUUGCAAUUGAUGAUGCCAAGCAAACUUCAAUAGCAGAGAGAUGCAGAAAUUUCUGAAUGUUGCAGAUGGUAAUUUCCAGCUUAUCAUUAAGGCUCAGAGGAAUCUGAUUUUCCUGACCUGGUGACUUUCUGAUACUCCCAUUCCCAGUCAGAAGAAAGCGGAGAAGGAGAACAAUAAGGCUACUUUCAAUUGCUUUAAUAAUAGUGAUUCAAAUCCCAAAGCCUUCAAUUGUGAGGUGGUGCAGAACGUUGGUAUUCUUUCCAAGUGCUUUGCUCAGUCCUAGCACAUUAAAUUUUCUGGUUCAUUCAUACACAAUAUUUAUUGUUUGUGGUGAUGUUGAUGAUAGUUUAAGAACAGGUGCAAGUGAUGCUGGGAGAUAAGGAUUAUGCUGUUGAGAUGUGUGUGUGUAAACUGAAUAUAGAGCCCUUACUCCUCUGCCCUUUCAU